AGAAAAUCACAUCACACUUUUUAUAAUGGCAGCUAAGCUUCUACUAGUAGUGAGUGGUUAAAAGGACGUGAUUCGUGUUUAUGAAGAAGCCGUUUGUUCACCGAUCACACCAAUAGCAAUAGCGUAACAAGAAAACCUCCAAUUGCCGUUACCUCUACGGCGGUGCUUUCACUGCAAAACACCGUCGGAAUCUUCUUGCUUUCUUACGUUUCCAAGAUAUCCUUUGAUUCAACUUUGGAUCUUCAUCCCUAAUUCUCUCUCUAAUUCCUUCAUUUAAACACGCUUUGAGGGUUUCAUCUUUGGCGACAACUACAAAGUGAAGACGAGUGUUUAAGACUAGAAGAAAAAAAAGAUGGCUACACUUGAAGAUAUUUCGCUUGCAGCUGGAAUAAAUAUUUUGAGUGCAUUUAUCUUCUUUGUGGCAUUUGCUAUUUUGAGGCUUCAGCCUAUAAAUGAUAGGGUAUACUUCCCAAAAUGGUAUCUAAAGGGUUUAAGAACGGAUCCUGUACAUGGAGGAGCGUUUGUGCGCAAGAUUGUCAAUUUAGAUUGGAGAUCAUAUAUUCGGUUUUUGAAUUGGAUGCCAGCUGCACUUAGAAUGCCGGAGCCUGAGCUUAUUGAUCAUGCUGGACUGGAUUCUGUUGUUUACUUGAGGAUUUACUUGUUAGGACUUAAAAUCUUUGUUCCUAUAGCAUUCCUUGCGUGGGCGGUCCUGGUUCCUGUCAACUGGACAAGCACUGGGCUAGAAAAAUCUGGGUUAAAAAACAUAACUUCCAGUGACAUUGAUAAGCUCUCAAUUUCAAAUGUCCAGCGUGGAUCUGAAAGGUUUUGGUCACACAUAGUAGUUGCUUAUGCAAUUACCUUCUGGACAUGCUAUGUUUUGAUGAAGGAGUAUGGAAAAGUUGCUGCAAUGAGAUUGCAAUUUCUUGCAGCAGAAAAACGUCGUCCUGAUCAAUUUUCGGUGCUCGUUAGAAACAUUCCACCUGAUCCUGAUGAAUCUGUUGGUGAACUUGUGGAGCACUUCUUUCUGGUCAAUCAUCCGGAUAGCUAUCUCACUCACCAGGUUGUUUAUAAUGCAAACCAAUUAGCAAAAUUGGUUAAAAAGAAGAGUAAGAUGCAGAAUUGGCUCGUCUAUUAUCAAAAUAAGCUUGAAAGAACUUCAAACAGACCUGAAAUAAAGACUGGUUUCCUUGGUCUCAAUGGAAAGAAGGUAGAUGCUAUUGAUUAUUACACCACUGAAAUUGACAAGCUGUCAAAAGAAAUAUCUUUGGAGAGGGAUAAGGUCACUAAUGAUCCCAAGUCUACCAUGCCUGCUGCAUUUGUUUCUUUUAAAAGUCGAUGGGGUGCUGCAGUUUGUGCUCAAACCCAACAAACCAGAAAUCCAACAAUUUGGUUGACUGAGUGGGCUCCAGAGCCACGGGACGUCUAUUGGCCAAACUUGGCAAUUCCAUAUGUUUCCCUAUCUGUCAGAAGGUUGAUCAUAGCUGUUGCAUUCUUUUUUCUCACUUUCUUUUUCAUGAUUCCCAUUGCAAUAGUACAAGGUCUUGCGAGUCUUGAUGGAAUCCAGAAAGCAGCACCAUGGCUGAAGCCGCUUGUUAGUAUCCCUAUCAUUAAGUCAUUCAUUCAAGGUUUUCUACCCGGUAUUGCGUUGAAGCUGUUUCUUAUCUUUUUGCCAACAAUAUUGAUGAUCAUGUCAAAAUUCGAAGGCUUUGGAUCUAUAUCAUCUCUUGAGAGAAGAUCGGCUUCUAGAUAUUAUCUUUUCAGCUUUGUGAAUAUAUUUCUUGGGAAUAUACUUACUGGGUCAGCAUUUCAACAGCUUGACUCUUUCAUUCACCAACCAGCCAAUCAAUAUCCCAUAACAAUUGGCACUGCAAUUCCUUUAAAAGCAAGUUUCUUCAUCACCUAUAUAAUGGUUGAUGGAUGGUCCGGUAUAGCUGCUGAGGUUUUAAUGUUGAAACCACUUAUCAUAUAUCACUUGAAGAAUUUCUUCUUGGUUAAGACUGAAAAGGACAGGGAAGAGGCCAUGGAUCCUGGGAGUAUUGGUUUCAACACUGGAGAACCUCGUAUACAAUUGUACUUUUUGCUGGGUCUUGUCUAUGCUGCAGUGACACCUACUGUUCUUCCUUUCAUAAUAAUUUUCUUUGGGUUGGCCUAUGUUGUGUUCCGCCAUCAGGUAAUGAGAUGCUUGAAUUAUGUUGUGCAUGUCAUGGUCAAGUAUGAUUGUAUAAUUUGUGUCCCCCCUAUUUAUGUUGCCAUAUACAAGAUGAAGACUCAUAACUUCCAAUUGCAGAUAAUCAACGUUUAUAAUCAACAGUAUGAGAGUGGCGCAGCAUUCUGGCCUGAUGUCCAUUUCCGUAUCAUCAUUGCACUGAUAGUCUCACAGAUAGUUCUGAUGGGACUCCUGACCACCAAAAAGGCUGCUUCAUCAACUCCAUUUCUCAUUGUGCUCCCGAUACUGACGAUAUGGUUCUUUAGAUACUGCAAAGGCCGUUUUGAAUCUGCAUUUGUUAAAUUUCCCUUACAGGAAGCAAUGAUGAAAGAUACAUUAGAACGAGCUACAGAACCAAACCUAAACAUAAAAGGUUACCUUCAGUAUGCUUAUGUUCAUCCAGUUUUUAAGGCUAGCCUUGAAGAUGAUGAUGAUGAAGAAGAUGCAACGAGUCUAAAGUGGGAAACCGAGAGUGCUACUGUUCCUACAAAACGCCAUUCACGAAGGAAUACACCAUUGCCCAGCAGAAUUAGUGGUGCAUCAUCUCCAUCUAUGUCUGGUGGCAUUAAAAAUGAUCCAGAGUCAUAGAUCAUCCAUGGACCAAGAAAUGAUGUCAAACUAGAAUGUGAGUGUGCGUAUAUUAUAUAUCGAGUUGCAUCAAUGGACAUGUGGGUGUAGCAUUCAAGCUGAGAAAGUUGGGCUGUCUUCUUGUGCAAAAGCGUUUUGGACUUUCUGGUCAGCAGAUGAAAUAUACCACAACUUGUAGAGACUGUAAGGCAGAGAUUCUUUCAUAUGUUUUAGAUUUUGUUAGUAGUGAGUUUGUUCUCUUAGUAGAUGAGCAUGUUUUUUCUAGUUUGUAUCGCCUAGCAUUUAGAGAUUUGCAUAACAUUACACAUCGGGAUACUGUGUAAAUUAUACAAAAAUUGAUUAUGAUUCUAGGUUGUGUGUAUAAUUUUUCUCUUUUUUA